AUGUCUUUCAAACAGCAUGGUCGUCAGUACGACUUGGUCGUCUUUGGUGCUACUGGGUACACGGGGACGUUCGUAGCAGAACACAUCACGACACACCUGCCGACCAACCUGAAAUGGGCUGCUGCAGGCCGAUCAGAGUCGAAACUUCGCCAUCUUGUUGCCGAGUGCAAGAAGCUGGGUCCAGACAGAUUGCAGCCGGCAAUCGAAAUAUGCAGCGUCAACGACAAGGACCUUGAGGCACUCGCCAAGAAAACGUACAUCCUCAUCACCACCGUCGGCCCUUAUGCGCAGUAUGGCGAACAUGCAUUCAGAGCUUGCGCCGAGAAUGGCACGCAUUACCUGGAUGUCACCGGCGAGACCCCCUGGACCGGCACGAUGAUCAACAAAUACGAGGGUGUCGCGCAGGAGACGGGUGCGAUGAUGUUUCCGCAGAUUGGAAUCGAGUCGGCACCGCCUGACCUUGUCACUUGGGCGCUGGCAAAGCAGGUCCGCGAAAAGCUUUCGGCCAAGACGGGCGCCGUGACGGUCUCCAUCCAUCAACUGGAUUCAGCUCCAUCUGGCGGUACCCUGGCGACGGUUCUCGGCCUGUUUGAGUCAUUCACCAUCUCACAAGUGAGGGCACAGCACAAGCCAUACGCUCUCUCGCCCGUUCCGAACCGCAACAAGGUUCAACCGCAGACGUCCCUGCUCACCAAGUUGGUGGGAUUGCGAAACGUCCCGAAUCUGGGACUAAUGACCACAUCCAUUGCUGGGAUGACGGACACGCCUAUCGUCCAAAGAACCUGGGGUCUCUUGGCAACGCUGCCUUCGCGGGAGAAGCAGUCCUACGGACCCAACUUCUCGUUCCACGAGUACAUGAGAGCCAAGGGGUACCUCCGAGGAAUCGCCAUUCACUGGGGUCUGGCGUUCUUUGGCUUGUUGCUUGCAACUUUUGCGCCGUUUCGAAAGUUGGUCAAGCAAUUUGUCUACCAACCUGGCGAAGGACCAGACAAGGAAUCAUCCAAGAGGGAUGAGAUUGAGUAUCGUGGCAUUGCCAUUCCGGACAAGGAGUCCAAGACCGGGUAUCCCAAGGCAUUCUGCCGUGCGUGGUACAAUGGCAGCAUGUACUACUUAACGGCCGUUCUGUUGGCCCAAGCUGCUUCGACGCUUUUGGAAGAGGACGUCGACCUGCCUGGCGGCGUCUUCACUCCAUCGUGCCUGGGACAACCCUUCAUCGACCGGCUGCAGGGAGCCGGCUUCCAUUUUGAGUCAAAGAUUAUUGAGAAUUAG